AGCGGCGCGGCGGGGGUGGGGGUGGCGGCGGCGGCUGUCGCAGUGCGCGGCCGGAGCCAGCGGAGCCGCCGGCCCCAGCGGGCCAGGCCAGGCCGGGCCGGGCCGGGCCGGGUGGUGCCAUGAAGGGGAAGGAGGAACGGGAAGGCGGCGCGGCGGGGCCCGGAGCGGCGGGGCCGGGCGGAGGGGGUGCCGGAGGCGGCAGCCCCGAGAAGAGCCACAGCGCGCAGGAGCACAAGGAGCAGGGCAACCGGCUCUUCGGCGGCCGCAAGUACCCCGAGGCCGCCGCCUGCUACGGACGCGCUAUCAACCGCAACCCCCUGGUCGCUGUCUACUACACCAACCGUGCCCUGUGCUACCUGAAGAUGCAGCAGCACGACAAGGCCCUGGCCGACUGCAAGCGAGCCCUGGAGCUGGACGGGCAGUCGGUGAAGGCUCACUUCUUCCUGGGCCAGUGCCAGAUGGAGAUGGAGAACUAUGACGAGGCCAUUGCCAACCUGCAGAGAGCCUACAACCUGGCCAAGGAGCAGAGGCUGAACUUCGGGGACGACAUCCCCAGCGCGCUGCGCAUCGCCAAGAAGAAGAGGUGGAACAGCAUCGAGGAGAGGAGAAUCAACCAGGAGAAUGAGCUCCACUCCUACCUCACCAGGCUCAUCAUGGCCGAGAAGGAGAGGGAGCUGGCUGAGUGCCGGAAGGCGCAGCAGGAGGAGAGCGCAGACGAGAGCCGGAGCCGAGUGCAGCUGGCCAGCAUCGAGGCCAAGCACGACAAGUACCUAGCAGACAUGGAUGAGCUCUUCUCCCAGGUGGAUGAGAAGAGGAAGAAGAGGGACAUCCCUGACUACCUGUGUGGGAAGAUCAGCUUUGAGCUGAUGCGGGAGCCCUGCAUCACGCCCAGCGGCAUCACCUACGACAGGAAGGACAUCGAGGAGCACCUCCAGCGCGUGGGGCACUUCGACCCGGUGACUCGCAGCCCCCUGACCCAGGAGCAGCUGAUCCCCAACCUGGCCAUGAAGGAGGUGAUCGAUGCCUUCAUCUCGGAGAACGGCUGGGUGGAGGAUUACUGAGGGGCGGCGCUGCCCCGUGGCACGGC